AUGAAUAUUUCACAACCCGUGUCGUCGCAAAUUGGCGGCGUCGAGUUCGCCUUCCUGCCGUCGGACGAGAUUCGCGCCUUGUCCGUCAAGCGCAUCACCAACCCUACCACAUUCGACACCCUCUUGAAUCCCGUACCUGGUGGUCUGUACGAUGCUGCGCUCGGAAACUUUGGCGACAACUCGCUAACGGCUUCUCUUCCCGUCCAUGUCUACAACCCUACCUUUAUGGACCAAUGUUUGCGUCUCCUGCGCGCAAAAUGUAUCUACUGCCACAAGCUCAAGAUGUCCCGUUCCGAAGUCAACCGCUUUGUGUGCAAGCUUACCCUUGUCAAGUACGGCCUGCUGAAAGAGUGUUACGACGUCGAUGAAAUCACCCUCUCCACCUCCGACUCCAAAGCAAAAGCUACCAAGGACGACUCCGAUGAAGAAGAGGAUGAGGACACCAAGGGCAUCAUUGCUCGCAGGAACGCUUUUGUCAAGAACGCCCUCAAGCAAGCCGGCUUCAGCAAGAAGCGCAACGACUGGGCCGACACCAAAAUCGAGGCAGUUGCCAACGAGAGACGCGCCAUCGUCAAGGAGUUCCUCUAUUCCAUCACAAAGAGCAAGAAGUGCAACAACUGCAACGGCAUCUCGCCCACCUACAGAAAGGACCGUUUUGUCAAGAUUUUCAGAAAGCCCUUGUCCGAGAAGGACAGAAUCGCCAUGGUCCAGGCAGGCUUCAAAGCUCAAGAUCCGCUUCUUUUGAUGAAGAAGAAGCGCGAGGCUCAAGCUAAGAAGCAGGGUCUUGCUCAAGACGAGGCUGUUGCAGACCUCGAGGACUCGCCUGCAGAGUCGGAAGGAGAAGGAGAUGAUGUUUCGAUGCUCGACAUUGAGCAAGAGGUUGCUGGAGGAAACGCCCUGGAGUCCGAGACCGCGACCACCAGCUCCAAAUCUGACAAAGAUGAGAAGCAGACCUACUUGAACGCAGGCCAAGUACACGCUCACCUUGUUCAGCUUUUCGAGCAAGAUGCAGAGGUUCUGGGCAUGAUCUACACUCCUCGCUCCAAGGGUCGUAGAGGUGCUCCCCUCAGCGCUGAGAUGUUCUUCAUCAAGGAUCUGAUCGUUCCUCCCAACAGAUUCAGACCCGAGGCCAGAACCGGUGCCGACGAAAUCGCCGAAGCCCAGGAGAACUCUCUAUACAAGAACAUCAUCAACAACGAGUACGCGAGACGCCCGAGGAAUUACGCCGACUUCCAGGAUGCCUGGAUCCGCCUCCAAGACGGUGUCAACUCUCUUCUGGAUCGCGACCGCAACCCCGUACAAGGAGGCGCCGGAAAGAGAAACGAGGAUGGUAUCAAGCAACGUCUGGAAAAGAAGGAGGGUUUGUUCAGAAAGAACAUGAUGGGAAAGCGUGUCAACUUUGCCGCUCGUACCGUUAUCUCUCCUGACCCCAACAUCGAAACCAACGAAAUCGGUGUUCCGCCAGUCUUUGCUCUCAAGCUAACCUACCCCGAGCCUGUCAACGACCACAACUACAACGAUCUCAGACAAGCUGUGAUCAACGGUCCCUAUGUCUGGCCUGGCGCUGUCGCCAUCGAGAACGAGAACGGCCAAGUCAUCAACCUGCAGAUCAAGAAUGCUGAGGAGCGUACUGCUUUGGCCAACCAACUUCAAGCCCCUUCAAGCACCAACGUCAGUGGUGUCAAGACGAAGAAGGUUCACCGCCAUUUGAACAACGGUGAUAUUGUCAUCAUGAACAGACAGCCUACCCUCCACAAGCCUUCCAUGAUGUGUCACAGAGCUCGCGUCUUGCCCGGUGAGAAGACUCUUCGUAUGCACUACGCCAACUGUAACACUUACAACGCCGAUUUCGAUGGUGACGAGAUGAACUUGCAUUUCCCUCAGAACGAGCUUGCGAGAUCAGAAGCUAUCAGCAUUGCUGACAACGACCACCAGUAUCUGUCCGGAACUGCAGGUAAACCCCUUCGUGGUCUGAUUCAGGAUCACAUUUCCAUGGGUGUCUGGUUAACCAACCGCGACACUUUCUUCGGCCGUGAAGAUUACCAUCAGCUGCUCUAUGCUGGUCUCAGACCCGAAAACAACCACACCACAUCAGGACGUGUCGAAACUGUACCUCCUGCCAUCAGAAAGCCUCGUCCUAUGUGGACUGGUAAGCAGGUCGUCUCAUCUGUCUUGAAGAACCUGACUCCCGAGGACUUCCCAGGUCUUACCAUGACUUCCAAGUCCUCCACCGCUGCCAAGAACUGGGGCACCAACUCGGAAGAACAGGUCGUCAUCUUCAAGGACGGUGAGCUGUUGUGUGGUAUCUUGGAUAAAUCACAAAUCGGCCCUAGCGGCGGUGGUGUGGUCAAUGCCAUCUACGAAACCUAUGGACACACCAUUGCAGGAAAGUUGAUGAGUGUGCUUGGUCGUCUCUUGACCAAGAUGCUUCACAUGCGUGCAUUCUCUUGCGGUGUUGAAGAUCUGAUCUUCACUCCCGAGGGUGAGAGCAUGAGAAGAGAAGCACUCAGCAAGUCUCACGCCGCCGGUCUUGGAGUAGCUGCCAAGUACGUCUCUCUGCAGAGUGAGAGUCCCGACACAAACGACCCAGAACUGCGCAGACGUCUCGAAGCCGUUCUCCGUGAGGAUGGUAAGCAGGCUGGUCUCGAUACCGUGAUGAACCAGAACACUGCCAAGGUUUCUGGUGACGUUACUUCUACUUGUUUGCCUGCUGGUCUCGUCAAGCCCUUCCCCAAGAACCAAAUGCAAGCCAUGACUGGAUCUGGAGCCAAGGGUUCCGGUGUCAACGCCAACCAGAUUUCUUGUAACCUUGGUCAACAAGUUCUGGAAGGCCGCAGAGUUCCUGUCAUGGUCAGUGGUAAGACUUUGCCUUGCUUCAAGCCAUUCGAGACAAGUGUCAGAGCAGGUGGCUACAUUGUUGAUCGUUUCUUGACUGGCGUAAGACCUCAAGAAUACUACUUCCACGCGAUGGCUGGAAGAGAAGGUCUGAUUGAUACCGCUGUCAAGACUUCCAGAUCCGGUUAUCUUCAGAGAUGUUUGAUCAAGGGUAUGGAAGGUCUCAAGUCCGAGUACGAUACCACCGUUCGCGAUGCUGAUGGCUCCAUCAUUCAAUUCAUCUACGGUGAAGAUGGUCUCGAUAUUGGCAAGGCCAAGUAUCUGUCCGACUUCAAGUUCAUUGCCGAGAACCACAUGUCCAUGUUCCACAACCUUGGCAUCAAGUCGGAAUUCGGUCGUAUCAUGAGCACUGAGGCCGCCGAAUACAACAAGAAUGCCGAGAAGAAGUACAGAAAGACCGGUGAUCUUGGAGCCAGCGACCCAGCCUUGUCGAUCUACUCACCUGCUCGCUUCGCUGGUAGCACUUCUGAGAAGCUUAUGCGCGACGCCAAGAAGUACAUCGACGAGAACCCCGACAAGCUCAUCAAGGACAAGAAGCGCAAUAUCGAGGGUGUCGAUGGAUUGACCAAGAAGAGUCUCCAGGCCAUCAUUGAUGUUAGAUACCUCAAGUCGAUCGUCGAACCUGGUGAGGCUGUUGGUGUCGUUGCUGGUCAGUCAGUUGGUGAGCCCUCGACACAGAUGACGCUCAACACCUUCCAUUUGGCUGGUCACGCCGCAAAGAACGUCACACUUGGUAUUCCUCGCCUACGUGAAAUCGUCAUGACUGCUAGUGCCACUAUCGCCACACCUACCAUGAAUCUGCACGUCAACCCUGAGAUCCCUAAGGAGGAGAGCGAACAGUUCGCCAAGGGUAUCAGCAGACUCAGCCUUGCUGAGGUCCUUGACAAAGUCACAGUCACCGAAAAGAUUGGAAGAGGUGUUGCUUACGAGCAGGCCAAGUCAUACACAGUCCGUCUGCAGUUGUUCCCCUCUGAUGAGUACACCAAGGAGUAUGCAAUCACUGUCGAGGACGUUGCCCGCACUAUCGAGACCAAGUUCCUCCCCAGACUUCAGGCUGUUGUGCGCAAAGAGCUAAAGAAGAAGGGUGACCAGAAGACACUCAAGAAGUCUGAUGCCAUGCCUGAGAUUGGUGAAUCCGCCGGUACAAUCGAACAGGAGUCUGGUCGCCCCGAGGGUGAACGCGAGGGUGGAGACGAUGAUUCUGACGAUGAAGGUGACGACGACGCCACUCGUGAUAAGGCCAAGUCAAACAAGACGCAAGGUGGCUACGAUGCUCCUGACGAUGACGAGGAAGCCAUUGCUGCUCGCGGUCGUCGUGAGACUACACCCGAAGAUCAAGAAGACGAAGGAUUUGUCGGCAGCCCCAACACUUCUGACGACUCUGACUCCGACUCGGAAGAUGCAGAAGCUAGCAUCAAGAAGGUUGCUUACAACUCACGAGAGCGUGAAGAGCGUAUCAAGGGUAACAAGUACACCAACGACGUGUCUGCUUUCAAGUUCGACGACAAGACAGGAGCAUCAUGUUCCUUCACCAUCGAAUAUGCUGCAGAGACUGCCAAGCUUCUGAUGCUUAACUUGGUUGAGAACUGCGCUCGCGACGCGCUCAUUCAGUCGGUCCCAGGUCUUGCUGGCUGUAUGCUGACGACGGACAAGUUCAAAGACCCAAGCACUGGCAAGGAAAUUGAUGUCGAUGUGAUUAUGACCGAGGGUGAGAACCUUAUGGCCAUGCGUACCCACCAGGGCGUCUUGAACCCCAACCGUUUCUUCACCAACGACAUUGCCGCCAUGCUCCGUCUGUAUGGUGUUGAGGCUUGUCGUGCGUCCAUUGUGCGUGAGGUUUCCGCUGUUUUCGGUGGUCACGGUAUCAGUGUCGACCAGCGUCACUUGAACCUCAUCGCCGACUACAUGACCCGUGGUGGUGGCUACCAAGCUUUCUCUCGUCAAGGCAUCAAGGGCAACACCUCGCCCUUCAUGAAGAUGAGUUUCGAAACCACUGUCGGCUUCCUUCGCGACGCAGUCAUGGAAGAGGACUUUGAUGACUUGAGCGGUCCUUCGGCACGUAUCGUUGUCGGCAAGAUUGGAAGAAUCGGCACCGGUGGCUUUGAUGUCAUGAUGCCUGUGCUUCAAGUUUCGAACCCUGCUCACGAAGACGCCGAGGAAAACGGCGAUGUCAUGGCCGUUGACCAAAGCAGCGAAAGCGAGGAUGAAAGCGACGACGAGUAG